CGCAGCCAGGUUGCUCGGCAAUCCGCUCCGCUCCGCCUGACGCCCCGAGCCGGCCGAAGGCGAGCAGCUGCCUUCCCUCCCGCCGCUCCCCCCCGCCACCGUUUUCUGGUCGCCUUUUCCUCCUUGAGGCAACUUCCUCCAGCGUAUGCGGCCUGCCGCAGCCCUCCCCUCAGCCCCCUGAGGGGAGCUCUCCUCAGGCUGCGGCUGGGCGGGGCGGGGGCGGUUAACGGCCGGGGCGCGCGGCCGCCCGGCAUGGCGGCGGGCGAGCAGCAGAGCCGCGACUACCUGCGGCGCCACCGGCUCCCCGAGCUGCUGCAGCGCCUGACCGCGCUGCUGCUCCACCACCGCCCCGAAAGGCCCCGCGAGUUCCUGCUGCAGGCGCUGGAGAGGGUGAAGGCCGGCCGACGGGGCGAGGGCGGGUACCCUGACCUCAUGGACGAGGCUAACCUGGACGCCAUGUUCAGCUUGCUGGAUGUCGUAGGCCAAGGCCACGUAACGCCGGCGCAGUACCGGGAAGCUCAUAAAACUUUGGGACUGAGCACUGAAGAUCUGCAGGUAGGAGACGAUGUGAAUAUCACACUGGACGUGUUCAAGGAAGAAGUGAAGAAAAAGAUGCUGGAGAGCUGGGCUGUGUAUUAGCUUGAGCAGUGGUCUGCUAUAUACAUGAUAAAAAUAGACAUCUUGCUCAAGUUCUGGUUUGUCAGCAGUGGAUAGCCAAUACUCUAUUUUUCUUGAUCCAUCCCCCCCAUUUGAGCAAUCAGCUGAAAAACACAAAGAACAAGAACUUGUUCGUGGUUACCAGGCAGUAGAGAGGUAUAGCUUGAGAAUUGCAUUUCUUAAUACAAUUAGAUAGUUAAAAAAACUAUCUUUUUUUAAAAAGAUAUCUUGUUUAAACAGCUGGCUUACAGUAAGGGAUUGUUCCAUGUUGGCUCAUUAUCAAUUAAUAAAUUUAAGAAUGGAGCUGUUUCUUGUUUUUUGGA